UUCGUUUUCAGUGAGGGUCCCGCUACGCUUAUCUUUCCUUUUCAGUGAUGAUUAGAAGCUUUCUCUCUCGCGUUUACUCUUUAAAUGGCACUAUUGCUGAAUAGCAGUUCGUUCCAACUUCAAAUGCAGAUUUUGCAGUCGUGUCUGUUGAGCUGAGCUAGGGUUUUCGGUAGUAGUUUCGACCUGAUUUGGUUGCUGAGCAGGUCUAAUUGUUUUCAUUUUUUAUAUAAACGAGAGGAAUGUCAGGUUAAGAUUGGAUGAGAAAUUCGAAAGGUUUCGCGCUAUUUGAUGAAUUUUGUGCCUGGAGAUGGAUCGUCCUUCUCUGAUCAAUGCUGGCUCUUUCCCCUCUGCGAAUGCUUCGUCGUAUGGUUUAACUGAGAUUUGGCCGUUUUCUCUUAACGGAGGUGGCGUUGUUGGUGGUAGUGAUCAACCAGGUAGUAUGUUGGGAUUGCAGAGGAAUCAUUUCGGUCAGAAUUUGGCUGGAUUUGUGGAGACUACAGGGAGUGGGAUUGUGAAUCGGGAUGUGUCAGUCGAUGAGUCAACGGUUACGGAGCAGAGUGGGAGCCGUGGUAGAGGUAGAAGGAAACGUAGAGAUGCGGCUUCGGAAGAUGAGUCUUCUAAGCUUGUUUCUACUAGCAGUGGCAAUGACAUGCAAAAUGAUUCUGGUGGUAAACGUCAAAAGGUCUCAGGAUCUGGACAUGAAAAUGGCGAUUCAAAAGCUGACGUGGAAGCAAAUUCAGGUACUGGCGAUAAACAAGCGGAACAAAGCUCAAGACCUAAGCAAGAUUACAUCCAUGUUCGAGCAAGAAGGGGUCAAGCUACUGAUAGCCACAGCCUAGCAGAGAGAGCUAGAAGAGAAAAGAUUAGCGAGAGGAUGAAGAUUCUUCAAGAUCUGGUCCCUGGUUGUAAUAAGGUUAUUGGUAAAGCACUUGUCCUUGAUGAGAUCAUUAAUUACAUUCAAUCUCUCCAGCGUCAGGUUGAGUUCUUGUCCAUGAAGCUUGAAGCUGUUAAUUCAAAAAUAAGCCCUAGCAUUGAAGGAUUUCCUCAAAAAGAUUUCGGUGGACAAUCAUUUGGUACCACUGGAAUGGCAUUCAAUUCACAAGAAACAAGGGAAUUUGGUCAAGAAUCACCACAGGAGUGGCUGCACAUGCAGGUUGGUAGCGGUUUUGAAAGAGCAACAUAGUUCUAGGAAAUCCUCAUCAGUUGGCAAUAAGGGCAUCAAACAACCUGUUCCCUCCAUUAUGACCGUCAACAAAUAUUUCCCCAUGUCUUAAUUUAUCGUGGGACCUUAUUAUUGUUUUCAACAUCUGGUAUGGAGCUGUUUCUUUGUUUAUACGCGUGAGCUUGAAUUGAAAAUUUGAGCAGCCUCCAUUACUGUGUUGGAAAAUCCAUUCUUUUACCUUCAUAUAUCAUCUAACGGGAAUUUCCUUUUCUCUGUUGUAUCGGUAAACUUAAUUCAGAACUUUCUUCUAUGAAUA